ACGUCAAAAGUUAAAAUCAAGCGGCGUUUGAGGUUAACUUUCAAAAAACACAUUUUAAUGAUAUAGUUAUAAUAAACAGUAUGGAACGAUUAAGUGUGGAAGAGAAAAAUGAGCAAAUCUUGGCCGUACUACUUGUCGACUUUGAUAAUUGCGACGCGGUUGAAGAAGACAGUGAGUACAUCGAAAUGGUUUAUCCUACGCUCCCAGUGUGGAAAGUAUUAAUAAAAAACAACGAAUCUUGGGAUGAAUUAAUAAAAUGUAAUUUCGACGAAAGCAUUGUUAAAGAAGAGAUCAUUAAGUUACCAAAGGAGCAAAUAAGAACAUUUUUUACUUUCGGAGUUGGAUGUUUAUUGGGUUUUGUACAAGCAAAUUUUACCGGACCUGAUUUGUUGCCUGAAAUCGUUGAUUAUCUAAAAGACCCUAAGUUUGAAGGAUACGAUUUUGCCAAGAUGUUAGCAGUAAAUAACGAGGAAAUUAAUAUAAACGUAAAAUAUCCCUGUUUGCUAGUAGCAGCUAGAAUCAUGUUUCAACAUUGCCAAGUAAUGAGACCCAUGUUAAACCUUUGGUGGAUGUGGAGAGUACUCAUUAUUCACCAACUUGUUUUAGACGAACCAAGUACAACCAUAUUACACACCGCCGAACAAAUGCAAAAGGAAAUCCAAAAUUUAGAGUUAGCAAGUCAUCAUAGAAUUAAAUUCGAAGUUGAACAAGCUCAACUUUAUCUCAUUUAUCGCAACUUUAGUAAAGCAGAAAUGCAUUUAAACAUCGCUUGUGAUGUAGCAGGCUUAAAAUACCAACUCGUGGGGAAAUUGGGAAAACGUACAAAACACCAACAAGAAGAUAUUGCCCAAAUCGCUCUUAAAAUGGAAUUGGAAUCUCGUGACAACAUAGAACGCGAACCUGUCUUAAAACUUCCAGUCCCCAAAGACGUCUAUCUCGACGAUGACGUGCGUUUAGACCAAGUACAAUACGCCGAAGGAAUGGAAACGCCAAUGUUACCCAAUACGGAACAAAAACUUGUUUUGGCCCUCAUUCAUAAAAUGUCCAUAUGUAAACCGCAAGAUGAGCUAUUUUAUGAAGAAAUUAAACCGUUUAUUGACGUGAUUUUAAAUCAAAAUAACACCUGGGCAGUGAGAACAGCUGCUUUAUUGAUGCGAGCCAAAAUUGAAUCGAAACAUAAGCGAACUGUGGAGAGAUCUUUGAUGCAAUUAGAAGAAAUAAUGAUUUGUAUUAGAAAAAAUGAUCCGCAUCCUAUGACUAGAGUGGGGGGAGUUUAUGGAACGGCGAUGCCUCCAAUUUGGAAAACUGAGGCUCAUCAUGCUGAACUUAUGUUGAAUUUGGGGAUGGUGAAAGGUGCUUUGGAGGUUUAUACAAGAUUGCGGUUAUGGGAGGAAGUUAUUGUGUGUUAUACGAUUAUGAAUGCUCGACAUAAAGCAGCGGAAAUUAUUCGGCAAGAGUUAGAUAAAGCUCCAACAGUAAAAUUAUGGUGUUUAUUAGGUGACGCAACUGAUGAUGUUACAUGUUACGAAAGAGCAUGGGCUUUAUCUCGAAAAAGAAGCCAUCGCGUGCAACGUCACUGGGGAAUGUUUCUUUACGGCAAAAAACAAUACCAAGAAUGUAUCCCACAUUUUGAAAAAUCAGUAAGUAUAAAUCCACUUCAACCGAAAGUUUGGUUACGACUUGGAUACGCCGCUUUGGAAGUGGAAAAUUGGCAAGUUGCAGCAACAGCUUAUCGCCGUUAUGUUACGCAAGAACCUGAUUCGUUUGAAGCAUGGAAUAAUCUCGCUCAAGUGUACAUCAAACUUGGCAAUAAACGUGCCGCUCAUCAUGCGUUAAUUGACGCUUUAAGAUGUAACUUUGAAAAUUGGAAAGUUUGGGAGAAUUUAUUGGUAGUUAGCGCUGAUAUUAAUCAUUUUAAAGAUAUUAUUAGAACGUAUCAUCAAUUAUUAGAUUUAAAGGAGAAAUAUUUAAACACUGAGGUGUUAGGAGUUUUAGUUUAUGGUGUUUGUAAAAACGCUAACGACCACGAAGGAAAACCAUGUGGUCAUUUGAUGCAACGCACAAGAGAAUUACUUGGAAGAGUUACCGCUCUUUAUCCUGCUGAUGGAUUUUUAUGGGAACUAUACGCAAAUUUAUCCCCGGUAUUGUAUUUACGCGCACAACGUUUACAAAGGGCUUAUCGCGGUUAUACGAGUCAAAGUAAUUGGGACAAAUCUUCAUCGAGGUGUCAACAAGUACUAUAUGUUUUACACAAUUUAGCUGAGGUGACUUUAAACGAAGAAAUUGAUCCAAAAGAUACUUUAGUGCAUUCGGUACGUUUGACGAUGAGUUCAUCUUUAACGAUAAUCAAAAAGCAUAAUUACACCGACGUGAAAACCUUGAUGACUGAAGUAGCUGGGUUAUUAGCUAAAGUUAUUGAAAAGGCUAAAUUAGGAUCAAUUUCAAAAGGAGAACCUCAAAAACCCGCUGAAUCUUCUACUUCGUCUUCGACAACAUCAACACCGACAUCAACAUCUUCAUCAUCGUCUUCUUAAAAAUAAGAAAAUUUUUUUUAUACUUUGAUGUAAAUUUUUAUACUAUCAUUUAUUAUCUAUAUAGAAUAUUGUAGAUUUUAAAUGGAUUGAGUGUAUUUAAAAAUAAAUAGAAAUGAAAAAUAUUGGUUAUUUAAUUUUA